AAUGCUCGUGGGGCGGGGCUCGGGGAAAAGCGAAUGGUCACGGACAGGACUCGGCCUUAUCGCAUACGUUGUCGGUUCGGUCGGGCAAAAGGAAAGCGGCUCGAGAAGACGACGGAGCAGAGGCUAUAGAGUGACCGCUGAAGAAGGAGAUGAUGGUAGUGGUGGAAGUCGCUCAUCCUCAUCACUGUCGCUUAUCGACGCCAUUUCCGCUUUCCUCUGCUCGUCGGCGUGCAUCCUCCUCCGAUUCGCUCGCUCCGCGAACUGUACGGAACUACUCCUGUUCGUCGAUAUGGCCUCCGAAAAUGAGACUGCCAGGCGGCGCGAGGUCGUCGCCUCCGCCGCCGUCGGAAUCGCCCCGUCUCCGGCCGGUUUCAGCGGCGGCAGCUCCAGGAGUCCCGUCGCCGCCGCUUGAUCUCACCGAAGAGAACAUCCGGCUGGUUUUAGCCGACGCUCGGGUCGAGUUGGCUCAAAUUUUUGACACUUCUGUAGGCAUAACAGGACAAGUCGAGCUCGCAGAACUGGAUGGACCCUUUGUGAAGAUAAGUCUUAAAGGCCGGUUUUGGCACGAACGGUCCAUGGUCCUUGCCAGAGUGGGGAACUAUUUGAAGCAGAGGAUCCCGAUCUUGGAGGUAGACAUAGAAGAUGAGAAGCAGUUGGAUGACAGCCCUGAGAACUUCUGAUCGGCAUGCUGCUUAUUUUCUUGUUCUUGUCCUCCUACCGGGGGAGUUUCUGUUGUUCCUAGUGUAAAGACAGAGAAUCACAAGAGGAAGGAAUCAAAUUCAAGGGGCAUAGGACAGAUUCGAGAGGUUGGAUGAAGGGAUGUAAAAGGAAGAGGGAGGAGAGAAUAUGGGGGAGUUAAUUCCAAUUAAUUUCAUUAAUUCUGCUGUUAAGCUUAGAUGCAAUUACCCGAAAUCUCUCUCUUACAUAGGAUGCCUAACAAAUGGCCAUCAUCCUUACAUCCUAAGAAGCUGCUUCUACUUCUUUACCGUUUAACAUGGAGAAUAUCUCUCUCUCUCUCUCUCUCUCUCUCUCUCUCUCAUGCGGGGAAGGAAUUGGAUAGGAAGCUUAUGUAGACA